AAGACAAAGCCAUCCAUGAUUCUAUUGAACACAUUCUUGGAAAACAACAUGGCUGUUAGCAACUACAGACAGAUCAGGUGGUCAAGAUGCUCUCGGGUGUCAGUUUCAGAUUUAUGCCUUACUUCAGCUUUUUAUAGUGAUUUGAUAUUCCAGGAGUUAUUUGUCACGUCUCUGUAGCCCCCCAAAAUAAAUUGGUAGGUCUCCUGAAGAGGCGCUGGGUACUGAAGCUCAGUCUAGUUUUGACCCUCCUGUCAUGUCAACGUGUGCUCUACUGCUGGUGUCUCAGGCAGCCUGUGGGCUCAGCGAAUCUCCCCAGCCCCCACCACAGUUAGACCUUUCAGAGCACCGCAUGCCGUCAGGACACUGCCUGCUCUCCGGGGAGAGCAACACACUUGGGAAAUGCAUUGAGCACUUUCAAGCUGCCGAUUUUUGCAGUCAUUUUGGAGCUGGAGGGAAAUUUUCCCAGUUUUUUGAGUCUUCUCUCAGGGGUGAAAUUGUGGUGCAAAGUCCACCGAUCAGACAAAAUAUGCCUGAGGAGAACUGUGUAGACCAAACUAAGGUCUCUGGACAAGAGGAGCACAUGGAUGGAAAUGAGUCUUUCGAUGAUUAUUGUGAACUUUGCUUAAAUUCUGUGGAUCAGAGCUCUUUUGAUUCAGCCGAAGUGCAAGGACUAAGUAAAGCCGUGGAGCACAUUUGUAAACACUACGAAGCUGGUGAAGUACAGUUAGAACAACAUGUUGGUAUACCAGAGUUCCCCGAUCAAAGUCAUGGUACAGAAACCUUCCGGGUACACAGUGAGUCCUCUCAAAUGAGUCAAAAUGAGGAAGUGUUCUUUGGAAACAGGUUAUGCACUAAUCUUGUAACUAUUUCAGAGGUUUCAGAGCAGUGCACUGAACAGCACGAACAAUUUGAACAAAUUUUUAGCACAGCAGAGCUGCAGACUAAUAAUGUUGAAUCUUCUCAGCAAACUAGGUCAUUUGAACAUGGUACUGUGCUUGGUGGGACAUUUGAACUUGAUUCUGAAUUAAGUACAGUUUCUCAGGAGCUCAUGUACUCAGACAGAGGUGGGCCUUUGCACAGUGAGCUUCCUGAUCCAAAUGUUGAACACACAGAGUCAUUUCAACAAUGUGAACCCUGCACACAGUGCAGUGGCUCUGAACAACAGGCAGUUUAUAUCGAGGUGUCAGAAAGUGAAGUGUCUGAGAGUGCUUUUGAAAAGCCCUCCAAACGUGACCAGGAAGCUGCUGCUGCUGCUGAUGUCUUCCAGUCCUCUGAAUAUAGCAUAUCAGUAGUUGACUGUGAAUUAGGCGAACACUCGACAUCCACUGACCUCAAAGCUGAAAACUGUGAAAUGUAUGGCACAUUAGUUGAACAGCCAUUUAACAUGUGCGACAUUGCCAAACAGCCUGUGUCCAGCGGAAAACUAGGUAAUUAUUGUGCAUCUACAGAGAGCAGUCAACAUGCACAACUCUGCAACGUAAACACGUUUUUUAAAGAACAGAUGCUUCCUGAUGCUAUUGCGGCGGAUGAGUGUCAGCCGACUGAAAACACUGCUGAACACUCAAAGACCCCUGAACAAUGCGAGACGUCCGAGCACUUUGAGUUGGCUGAACAAUGUGGCUCCCUUGAUAGCUGUGCUAAAUACUAUCGCGCCCACAAAAUAAACAAGCCAUGCCACCACCACAGCUCUCACUGUGAGCCGCUCACAGAGCAACAGAAAACCCGGCGCAAUUCUAAAUGUGAUACUUUGCUCACUGGAUCAAUGGAUACUUUUGAAACCUUAUGGCUCUCUCAGUUCUUAAUUGAACGUAGACCAGAUGCUUCAUCUCUAAAAGAAUAUGAGUGCUGUGAAAACUGCAAUCUCUGUGAUCGCUCCUCUGAAGACAUAGAGGUGAGUGAAGACCGACUUAGUCCUGACCAGUGUGAUGCUAUACAAUUGGAAGAAAAAGUGCAGUCUUGUGGUCACUCCUUUGAGCACAACAACAGUGAAGUCUCUGUGCAUUGCGUUACUUCUGAAGAGAGUGAGACUACAACAUGCAGUGCAGUAUCUUAUCACAAUGAAUCCUCACAGCAAAGGAAAUUGUCUGGGACUUGUGUAGAAUCUCAAGGGGACGAUUUAUAUGAUGUCUGCACUGAUACCCAAUGUGAAAUACACAAGGAUCUUGAUUUCUUUCUUGAUCAAGAUGGACUCUUUGAACUUAAUUCCGAGGAAGGCAGUGAUAUUAGUAGAUCUUACAAACCUGAUGUGGAUUCUCUGGAUGGAUUAAGUGAAGGGGAUGACUAUCACCCCUGUAACGAGAAAAGCCAAGACAGUUCUGAAACUGAAGAAUCAUUUAAAACCUGCUCUGAUGGAAGUGAAUCUGAUGAAAACUGUUCUGAGUCCUCUUAUAACAGUGAUAAACUAUCUGAAGAGGCAGAGAAUGACCACUUUCCUAUCCAGGAUGGGUCUUUUGAUGGGUCUCCACAUGAUGAUAAUCAGGAAGGUUACUUGCAUUAUACAGAUGAUGGAGUGCAUGAAUUCUCACUGGAAUGUGAAAAUCAAUCCUGUUCUUAUUUGUGGACGGCAGAAGACCCUGAAAGUGCUGACCUCUGCAGUGCAGACGGCGAUGUUUAUGAGGGUGAAAGUCAUGAAUCCAGUGUUGAAGAACGGUACACUGAGGAAGAUGGAAGUGAACCAGACUCAGAAGGAGACCGUCUUGAACCCCAAAUAGAUGAAGAAGGUCCUAAGGGCCCUGUGGGAGCAGCUGAAGUUUCUGAAGACAGCCCAGUGGAAAAGACGGAGCAAGAAGGUCAGCUAUUGGUAUCCCCUCCUGAGGAGAAGCUUUCUCAACCUGCCAUUGGAUAUGCACUUUAUCAAAGUCAGACUUUAAGACUGUUCCUGGAACGGCGACGACUGUCAGCGGCUGAAGCCUAUGGGCACUAUGGUGCAGAUUUUUGUAGUUUGGAUCUAAUAUUCGAUCCCUGGGCCGAAGUGGAAACCAAAGACAAAGAACCCAGUGAAGUUGUUGCUGAAGCAGAAAAAGAAAGAAGUGAAUCUGGCUCUGUACAGGAAGACGAUUCUGAGGUGCAUCGUAAGGAUGAACCUUCCGUUGAAUGUGACGAGGGUAAAACGCCUAGUCCAGAUAACUGUGACCAUCAUGGGCUUAUCCCUGAUAUUAUUUUCUCUGAAGUACUGGAUGAGAACAAAGAUGAAGAAAUUGGAGAAUUGUAUGACACAAAUGAGGGCCUACUCACUAGCCCUGAGAUUCCUUAUGGUAUAGAGGCCUCCGAAACCCCAGAGCCGCUCUGCCCUAAAGACACCGCUGAGGCCGGUGAGGAACUCUCAGAUCUGCUCACGUCCGAACAAGGAGAGUGGGACUCUGAGCAGGUUGAACAAGCCAAGUUACCUGAGCCUAAAUGUGCUGAGUCGGUGAUGCCUGAAUUACUGUUGUCUGAUCUUAUUACCCAACAGACAAAGCCCACUAAGAACAGUGUUGAUCAUGCUAAGACCUCAGAAAACAAUGUUGAAUCCACUGAACACUCUGAACACUGUGCAACACAUCAAUUCUUUAAGCUGGCUGAUGAGAGAAAGACCCCGGAACCAUUGGAGGAGCCUGAAGAGAUUGAGUCUGAGGAUGAGGAUAUCCAAGAGACCUGUCAGUGCGAGUUCUGUGUCCCAACAGAGGAGGUCCCAGCCAAACCACUGCUCCCUCAGAUUAAAUCGAAAGACGCGGGGAAGAUCUGUGUAGUCAUUGAUCUAGAUGAAACACUAGUCCACAGUUCAUUUAAGCCGGUGAACAACGCUGAUUUUAUCAUUCCAGUUGAGAUUGAUGGGACUGUUCACCAGGUGUACGUGUUGAAGAGGCCCCAUGUGGAUGAAUUCCUUAAACGUAUGGGUGAAUUGUUCGAGUGUGUGCUUUUCACCGCUAGCUUAGCGAAGUAUGCGGAUCCCGUAUCAGAUCUGCUGGACAAGUGGGGCGCCUUUCGCAGUCGGCUCUUUCGAGAAUCAUGCGUAUUCCACCGUGGCAACUAUGUCAAGGACCUAAGCCGCCUAGGCCGAGACCUGAAUAAGGUCAUCAUUGUGGACAAUUCCCCUGCCUCCUACAUCUUCCACCCAGACAAUGCUGUGCCUGUAGCAUCCUGGUUCGACGACAUGGCCGACACAGAGCUACUUGAUCUCAUCCCGUUCUUCGAGAGACUGAGUAAAGUAGACGAUGUGUACGCUGUCCUGAAACAGCACAGGACUACAAGCUAACGCGACCACAGUGGCAGCUUUCACCUCGGGGCCAGGGAGGCCUGCUUGGGCAUGGGCCCCACGCUGCUUCCCACGUAAAGGACCAGCGCCUGUCUCGGUCUGAAUCACUUUACCCAGAAUUCCAUUCACAGGACAUUUUCUAUUGGCUGAGAGAGAGAGAGAGAACAGCUGGUAGAUCCUUGGUUUGGUUUUUAUAGAGAUGGAACUGUGGGACUGCUUGAUUAUCAAAAAGAGAAACAUGAGAGUUGCAUUGAUAAUUUUAAUACUUCAACAGGUGUUAUUCAUCCUUUUUGGUUAAUAGAUUUUUCCCCCAGACACGUUUGCGGGAAGCCUGUUUAAAGGAACUGUGGGAAUUAUUCAAAUAAGUACUAGUCUUUUCUGUUAUGUAAGCAGUGAAUAACCGGGUACUUGGGGUUUUCCAUGAGGUAAACUGCCCUCAUUCCCUCUUUUGUAAAAUUGAGUUUAUCUCAGAAGCCCAAGUGAGGACGGAACAACGAUGGCAAUCAUGUCAGGUUCUAUGCUGUCUCUCAUAAUUCGCCAAUUUUUUUAAAAGCAAUAUUUAUUCAUCUUUUACCUCUUGACAUGCUAUUUUUUCCUAAUCUUUUUUUUUGUCAAGAUCUCCUAAUACUGCCACAAUCAUCAUUCUUUGUAGCAUUUUCUCACCGCAGAGAUAAGUGCGUAUCGAUGUCAGAAAGGGAAAGUGGCGUGGUUCCACUGUAGUGCCAGCCUCUGCUGUCAGCUCCCCCCUCGAGGUUAUAAACAAACAAUCAGAAGCAUUUGUUACCCUCACAUAUAUGCCUUAUAUCUUGCCUUAAAAAGUACCCUUUUGUAAUAUGACAAACAAUUUUAGUUAUUAGUUGCAAGGUAAUGUAGACUGUGUUAAAUAAAUUCCAAGAAUAUGUGUUAUUCGUGAUAUUAAUCAAAGCAGAAAGAUACUGGAAUACUUUAAUACUAAUUAUUACACAUACUCUACAAAUGUUCAGUGCAUUAACCAUGUUACUUCUCACAAAAUUUGUGAAAUGCAUUAACUGUUGUCGGUCACUCGUCACCUGAUUUGAGACCUGGCCUGAGAGAGGGUUGUGUGGCUGAUUGGAGAGCUCCCUCCCUGAGAGUAAAUUUGUCACCUUGCGGCCGAAUCGGUCAGCCGCUUGUCUGCCUGGACUCUUGUGUUGAAUGGUGGGGGGAGGGGACUCACAGUCCCGUCAAAGGUUCUAUAUAUGUAAACUCAUGUUAUUGAAAUCUGAUGCAAAGUCCCGCAAGUGCCAAUGCAAGUGGGCCCGAGGAGACUCUCCUGUGUGGGAUGAUGAUGUUUUUUUUGUUGUUGUUGUUGUUGACUUUGACUGUUGGGGUGAGAGCACAAAAAUGUGUUGGUUGUUUUUAAAAUAAUGCUACUUUUGUCCAUUUAUACAUUUUUAAAUGUUUUAUUUUUAAUAGAUGUUAUGUUGACAACGCAGUGCCUUCAUGCUCUUAUUACGAUGAUGCUGAUGAUAAUGGUAAAGAUGAUGAUGAUGAUGAUGAUGAUGAUGAUGAUAUCAGUACUGUGCCAAGGGGAAAGACUUGUAAUCCAUAAUGGUUUCAACAGCAGUAUGAUUAAUGUUCGGUUUCGACAAGCACAAUGGCUUCCUCCAUUCUUUUCAGUACUUGAAUCUGACCAUUUAUCUGCUUUUAAUUUUUUUCCUCUUUUAAUCUUUGACAUAGCAUUGAAUGUAAUAUGCUUUGUAUUUCAGCAACAAUCUAGGCCUUGGUGUUGAUGUCUCAAUAGACACUUAUAGGUUAGGACCUUCAACACGUAAUUUGCAAAAAAAAAAACAUAUAUAGAUCUUAUAAAAUGGUACUCAUCAGGAUGAUUAAUUUCUGUACAUGAAAUUUAUAACGCUCCCACUACAAACUUGAGAGCUUGUGGAGCUUUAUGUUGAUAUGUAGAACACUUGUUUGAACUGAAUGCUGAUAAUCUGGCAGUUGGACUCACAUUGGACAUGCUUUCGGAGCGCAGAGUUUGGUGUUCUCAGUAUCCAGUAUCUGCCUCCAUGUAUACACAUCUGUUUAUAUCACGUAUAAUUUGGGAUCGUCAAAGUCAUUCCCCUCCAAGCACCUUCUUAAAUAGAUAAAUAGAUAAGUAAAUAAUGGAAUCGUCAUGGAGACCGGGGGCUCUGUAAGGGUCACUGAAAGCCCCUGUCCGCAUGCAUCCCCGCCUACUGCACACUGACCUUUGCACUGCAUUUAAAGAGACGAUGUGCAGUCAGCAUGCAGGUUACUGUGACCCACUUCAAGUGGCAGGUUACAGCCAGGUUGUGAAAUCGCAAUGUAAACAUUGUGCCUUCUGCUGAGGCCUUUAUUGUGCACUUUCGUUUCUGGAUAAAAAAAAAAAGCGUGGGAUCAGUGUUUGUCUUCAUGAACAAAACGAGAACUUUUUUCAGUUCUGUUAUUGCUCCUGUCUUCACACAUGAUGCAGGGUGUAAACUCCCCAAGGUUAAAUAAAUAUUCAAUUGUAUGAAACCUAUCUUUAGUAGAAUAUUUAUGGAAAUACAUAACAUAUUAAGAUAUGAAAUAAAACAAUCAGUAUUAAUACAUUCUGUUCUAUUUUCCGUUUUCCCACCUUGGUUUCUCUCACACAGGCCUUAUGUCUCUGGUUUCAAGCUCCGAUCUGUCCCAUUGCUCAAUGACAAUGAUUUUGUAAGAAGUCUAAAGCAAAUCAAGUUCUAACUGUAUGACC